CCAACAUUUACCGACAUCAAAAGGAACUAUAUAUAUCACCAUUUUCAAUUUGAUUGUCUUUGAAGUCGUUUACUUCGAUACUUCAAACUCAGAAAAUUCAUCCUUUCAAGUUCUUCUCUGUUUUGAAGAUGAAAAUGCACACAUCGUUUAACUAAAUUAAUCUAAUCCAAUGAAGAAAAACCCUAGAUUUCUGCGCGCAAAUUGCAUUCGUGCGAUAAAUCAAGCAGAAUGGAUUUUGAAACCCUAGAAUUCCGCGCACAAAUUGCAUUCAUGCGUUAAAUUAAUCACAAUGGAUAAAACCCUAGAAUUUCAUGUACUAACGUUAUGUUUAUUUUUAGCAGUAAUCACUUGUUCAUCAGCUGAAUCAUCCACUUGUUUGAUGGUAUAGAAAGAAGGAGGAGCUCCGGCGGUGUUCAAAUCCCCAAAAUGCCCUCGGUGGAAGCUCUCUUAUCACGAACCUUCGCCGGAAAACUCCAAGUGUCAUGUCGCCGUGCAUCAAGGUCGCCGGAAAUCGGAGGAGGUCCAAGCGGGUUUACAGAGGUUGCUGUGGGAAUUGUGGCUGUUUUUGAUGGCCAUAAUGGUUCAGAAGCUAGCGACAUGGCUUCAAAACUUUUGUUGGAGUAUCUUAUCUUGCACAUGUAUUUUCUACUGGAUGCAACAUUUCCUUCCUUUCUGAAGAAAUCCAUGGGAGGAUUGUCAACCAAGGGAGUUCUGACAUUUUCUUUUCAGUUCUUUAAGGACAGAGAAUGGAUUCUUUCUUUUAUCGAUCAGGAGAGGUAUGAAGUUGACAUUCUCUUUUUUGUAAAUGUCUUACGAGUUACACCCUUACUUUUGGUAUUUAUCUUCACUAGCUGCUAAUGAUGUUCAAGCCUUGUUCUUUCUUUGAGGUACCUCAUAGUUUUGGGUUAAAUGUUAAAUCAAAAUCUUAAAGCAAGGACUUGAUAGUGUUGCUGAUGCUACAAGGGAAGGUAAUUCUAUUUUGAAGCAAAUUCAUCAACGAGUUUACUAAGUGAUGAAAUCUAUGAAGAAAUUGUGAGCAUAGGAAUUGAAGAAAGCAAUCAAUUCAAAGCUUAUAGAUUUUUGAAUGCUAAUGACACAAGGGUGAGAGAAUUCUUUGGUUGUCCAAAGAAUGUUCGCAAAGUAUUUCUCAUUCAAAUGAUGGAAGAGGAUGGUGUAUUUAUUUAACAAGUUUUAUGAUUAUUUAAACUUCAAACAUUUUUCUGCAAUGUUUUAUGGACUAUUUGUCUAAGUUUUAUGACUUAUUUUUAUCUUCAAUAAUUUUAUUUUAGAACAUACGAUAUAGAAGAAGUUGUAAUGCUCUCACUCUAUCUUUGUUGACAUACCACAUAAAUGAGAGUGGGACUGGUGCCUUUGGCUUUCUUGGUUUGAGUAAUGCCACUUUCUUUUAAUUA